ACCGUAACAAUGAAGUUUGCUUUAAUAACUUUUUUAAUAAUAAAUUAUUUCAAAAUUAUCGAAAAUGCCAAUAUAUUAGCAAUUCUACCUUAUCCAGGAAAAAGUCAUUUUACUGUGUUUAAGCCAAUUUUAAAAAACUUGGCAGAUCGUGGACAUGAAGUUGAUGUUAUGAGUCAUUUUCCAUUAAAAAAAUCGCACAAAAGAUAUAAUGAUAUAAGUUUAGAAGGUGUAAUGGAAAUAAAAACCAACAACAUUAAAAUUGAAGAAUUAAAGAACACUAAUUUUUAUGAAAACAUAAACGUUAUAUAUAAAAUUGCAGGAGUUGAAAUGUGCGAGGCACUUUUAAAUUCCCAACAAGCUAGAGAUCUUUUAAAUUCAACAAAACGUUAUGAUUUAAUGAUUACUCAAGUAACAGCGGGUGAUUGCAUGUAUGGUUUUGGGGAUGUUUUUAAAGUUCCCAUAGUGGCUAUUACAACAAGCGUUAAUUUACCUUGGGUUAGUGAUAGAAUGGCUUUACCUGAUAAUCCGGCUUAUAUUCCUAAUUAUUUUUCGUCGUUCGAGCCACAAAUGAAUUUUUUUCAACGAUUUUGGAACAGCAUUUUGCUGUUAACUACAAAAUUUAGUUAUCACAUACAUCAACAAUCCAUCGAAAAAAUCGCUGAAGAUUUCUUUGGAAAUAAAAUCUCAUCAUCGAUUAAAGACAUUUCAAAGAAUGUCAGCUUGGUUUUAGUUAAUAGCCACUUCAGUAUUCAACAAUCAAGACCGUUAGUCCCGAAUUUCGUUGAAAUAGCUGGAAUUCAUAUAGAAAAGGAUUUUUCUUUGCCAUCGCAUUUCGAAACAUUAUUGAAUUCCACAAAAAUAAUUUAUUUAAGUUUCGGAUCGAUGAUAAUGACAGAAACGUUACCGGAACACAUUUUAAAAUCGAUUUUCGAAACAUUUAAAGCGCUCGAGGAUUAUAAAAUUUUAUGGAAAGCCGAUAAAGAUUUAUUUCCGAAAGAAUUAGAAAUUCCGUCAAACGUACAAUUUGAAAAAUGGAUGCCUCAACUUGGAAUUUUAUGUCAUCCGAAUACCAAACUGUUCAUUAGUCAUGGUGGAAUGUUAGGAACGCAAGAAGCUAAUUACUGCGGAGUUCCCGUCUUAGGAAUUCCGAUUUUCGCCGAUCAAUUCCUUAAUAUUAAUAAUAACGUUGCUAAAGGGAUCGCUUUGGGGAUCGAAUUCAAUAAAAUUACAAAUAAAUCGUUUUCGAAAGUCGUUAAUACAUUGUUGGGGAAAAAUUUUAAAGAUAAAGCGGAAGAAAUUUCUAAGAAAUUUAUAGAUAGACCAUUAUCAGCUUUGGACACUGCCAUAUAUUGGAUCGAAUAUGUUAUAAGACACAAUGGAGCGGAACAUUUAAGAAGUGAUGCUGUUAAAUUGGAAUGGUAUCAAUAUUAUUUAUUGGAUGUUAUUGGAUUUUCUUUAAUAAUUUUAGCUGUUUUAUUUGUGAUUUUAUGGUUUUUGUUUAAAUGGUUGAUUGGUCGAGUAGUUUUAGUUUUAGGAAAGAAACGAAGAAAGAUCAAACUACAAUAAUUUUUUAAGUUAUUAGAGCUAGUUUAAUUUAUUUAUAUUAAUCGACAUUUUGCUUUAAUAAACUGUGAAUAGAACUUGAAAA